AUGACGCAGGAGAAGACGGAGGCGGCGGGCCCGGUACCGUACAAAAACUUGACGGCGGCGGAUAGCAGAAAUGACUCGAGCAAAUUACCGCGCUGGGCUAGGGGCGAGAAGGUUGUCUCCAAACUCAAGAUCAUCGUCACUAUAGCUCUACUGCUAAUAUUGAUCACCAUCAUUCUCAUCCUGGCGGUAGUUCUUGCCCAAACCAAAGCCAAACUGCAAAAAGGAGAUAAAAAUGCUAUCGUCCUUAAUCCGAGCCCGUCAGCAAGCACCAAUCCCAUACCCACCACCCCUGGGACAGAGGCCUGGUGGAACUUCCGGUUGCCUACUAACGUCAUCCCAAACAACUACGACUUGUACCUUGACGUCAACAUGAAGAAAAAGAAUUACACCGGAAGUGUCAACAUUUUGGUCACUGUCACGCAAUCUACCGAUCUUGUUAUUUUGCAUUGCAAGGGAAGCCUUCGAGUCACGCAAGUUGUCGUGAUUGACAAGGAUUCAGCUUAUCGUCCGAUUCGACAAAGAUUUCAGUUUGAGAAAAACCAGUACUACGUCAUACGGAUGUCAAGGGAACUGACGCCAGGGCAGUACAGCCUUCAGGUCACCUUCAACGGGUUGCUAGGCGACGAGGUUGGGCUCUUUGUAGGGAACUAUAAAAUUGCUGACAACGCUACAAGGUCUUAUGUGGCAUCACAGUUCGGCCCUGCAGAGGCCCGUAGCGUAUUUCCCUGUUUUGACGAGCCCGCCUUCAAAGCCACCUUUAAUUUGACUAUUUCGUUUGAAAGUACGAUGGACAUGGCAAUGCAUAAUUACCAGGUGAUAUCGAACAUGCCAGCCGUCAGCACUGUCGGCAAGAAUGGAAAGUUGUUCGCAUACUUUGCGACCACACCCAAGAUGUCUACUUACCUGCUAGGAAUUGUGAUCAGCGACUUCGUUCCAACCCUAAUCAGAACAAGUGAUAACGUACCGCUUUCAUUUUACACGGAAACAAGUCAGUCCGACAAAGGGGGUUUUGCAUUGGACUUAACCCACAAAGUAAUCCCCAUCCUGUCGUCGUAUUUUGGUAUCAGGUUUCCACUGCAGAAAAUGGACUUUGUGGCCUUGAAUGACUUUAGUCAUGAUAUGAUGGAGAACUGGGGCAUAGGGAUGUUACAAGAGAAGUAUGUGCUCUGGUCCAAGGCAAACUCGGCCUCGGAGGAUCAGCGAGCGAUUGGCAUCGACACUACCACACUUCUGGUCCAUCAGUGGCUUGGUAACCUGGUUACGUUCAAGUGGUGGAAUGACUUUUGGCUUUACAAGGGGCUUACUUAUCACGUGAUGGGCAAAGCUCUAAGCUCUUUAAAACCCACCUGGCAAAUCCCUGAAGAUUAUUUUGUGGAGCUUGUGCGGGAGGCAUUUGAAGAAGACGGUUACGCCUCAUCUCGUCCAUUGCGUAUGAAUGUUACAAGCUACGACGAUAUGGAGGAUGUGACGGGAUUCCUUAGUGAUAGCAAGGGGGGAGCCGUUAUAGGUAUGCUUGAGGACUACCUAGGAGCUGUUGCCUAUCAAAAUGGUCUGAAGCGGUUUCUUACCCAGAAUGCUUAUGGUAACGCUGAUGCUGAAGAUCUCUGGAAAGUUCUGCGAAAUGCUAGUUGUGCUACUGGCUCAUGUGUGGACGUCAAGAAAAUGAUGGACACCUGGACGCUGCAGAUGGGGUUCCCUGUUGUCUCGGUAAAGCGGGAUGGAUCCUCUAAGUAUAGCGUUUCCCAGAAAAGGUUCUUGUUUGACAAUAGAACCCAGUCCACUGGCGACCCAUCACCCUACAACUACUUGUGGUCUAUUCCCGUCACUUACAUAACGAGUCGUCAAUCGCAAAAGACAACUCUUACACUUGAUGGUAAAGUAGGAUCUAUUACUUGGAGUGGGGAGGACUGGAUCAAAGCGAACUACAGGCACAAGGGAUUCUACCUCGUCGAGUAUGAUAACGCAAAUUGGGACAAUCUUGCUGCACAACUGAAAGCAAAUUAUUCGGUGUUUGAUACCGCUGACCGAGCAGGGCUAGUUCAGGACCUGUCCUUCCUUGCCAGGGGAGGAAUUGCAAAGUACAGCCGGUUGCUCGCCAUGACUGAGUACAUGCAGAACGAAACGGAGUUUGUGCCAUGGAAGGCGUUCGAUAGGAGUAUAGGCGACAUAACCAGAUAUCUGCCGCCAACGAGCCAAACAUACAAGAAUAUGAAGAAAUAUACUUGGUUUCAAGUCAAAAAGAAAUAUUUUCAGUUGGGCUUCGUUGAUACAGGAAGCACCAUGGAGAGGCUCCUUCGCGAGGUAAUAGUUGGCUUGGCGUGCUCUUGUGGAGAGGUCACUUGUGUCAAUAAUGCGACAGCCAUGUUCCAGGCUUGGAUGGCAAACAGCACAGCCAACCCUAUCCCUCCAAAUUUCCGCCACUUGGUCUACUCCUAUGGUGUCGCGUAUGGUGGAGUAAAAGAGUGGGAUUUCGCCUUCAAACAAUACAAAACGAUCAAGGACGCGACUGCUAAAGACGCCAUUUUACAUGGACUUUUCGGCACGAAGGUCACGUGGAUCCUUAGACGGUUUCUGGACUAUGCCGUCGACCCGAGCCAGAUCAAGCAAGAGGAGACACUGCAUGUGAUUGGGGACAUCGCUCUGCACAACUCUGUGGGGCGACAACUAGCAUGGGAGUUUGUCACUAAGAACUGGGGCUUAAUCAUGAGCAGAUAUGGGAAGUCGGAUCGAAUGGAAUGGAUGAUCGAGUCCCUAACGCGCGGAUUCUCUAGUACAUACGAACUCCAAAUGUUAAAAGCAUUUGCAUUUAACAAAAUGCACUCUGGAAUUGUCCGAAGCUCUUUCAAGAAGGCGGUCGAAAAAGUCACUGCCCGCAUCGACUGGCUGAAGACAAACGAAGCAGACAUCGCAGAGUGGUUGAACAGAUUCGUUCAUGUUAAUAACCUUUAGACAUAGUUUAAACGCGGUUACUUUAUGUACCGUUCUUUUUUUCAGUUUGGAUCUGUACAAGGGUGUCUAGGGUUCACAUAUCUAACUCGUUUAAGACGUUCUAUAAUAAAACAUCACCGAUAUCUUGUAUAUUAUAUACUUGUGAGGUGCUAUAUACACUGCGAGUGGACGUAUAAGUGAUUCUUAGGAAGAAGGGGGCAACUCCUUGCAGGGGGACCUAAUAAAGAGCUAUUUCGGCUACAACAGUUAUCGAGGUAGAUUGCAUAGCAAACUGUUGAAGAUAUCACGUGAUCGCCACCUGUAAAGCGGGGUUACAUAGUCCAUGUCACGUGACUGUAAUGGAAGUGCUACUGCGUUUAGGCCCUAAAAGAAAAAAAAAACAAUUAAAGUCCAUAUAACCUUU